AUGUACAUAUCUGAACUUAAGCUGGCCACUGCAUCUUCUGAUCACACCGUCAAGAUAUGGAAUGUUGAUGGUUUUACCCUGGAGAAAACCUUAGUAGGACAUCAGCACUGGGUAUGGGAUUGCGUGUUCUCUGUAGACGGUGCUUAUCUCAUCACAGCUUCAUCCGAUACCACUGCAAGAUUAUGGUCAAAGUCAUCUGGUGAACAGGUGAAGACAUCAGAGUGUACGAAGGGCAUCAUAAAGCUACCGUGUGCUGUGCUCUCCAUGAUGGUGCCGAAUCUGCCUCCUGAGGAUGAAUACACGCAGAGGCACGAGCUUCGCAAACCAUAA